CUUUGCCACGGAGCAUCACAAUCAAAUGUGUCUGGAAGGUUGGUUAUUCUCUGCAUUUUAGGGGACCUUCUAACCGUGGAAGUAUCUUGAAUCUUUGCAUAUGCCUACCUGUUGAAUGUUACAGCGGGCGAGGAAACUUUUUGGCGAUACAACGCGUCUGUCAAUAAUUUGUUAAAGAAUUCAGCGCAGAAUCCACUAUCAUAUAUUUGCGGAUACCAUUCAAUGUUUCAGUAAGGAUCAGCAAAUCAGUUGAAACUUGUAACAACAUAUUUGGCACCUGAGAAUUAAACAAUUAAACACCUGCCACUUGUACACGCUGAAGACUAAAGGAAUUACUGAAAUAAGACUUCAAACUGACGCACUAAAUGGAAACACAACCUGCCUUUACUUGUAAAAGUGUAUAACGCAGGUAAAUGAUGCUGCAGGCUGUGUGACUGGCUACUAUGGGACCGAAGAGGGGCUAUUUCGUGGAUGUCACCAUGGUGACUGCACUCUGCCUGCUGUGUGUCAGCCAUGGUCAGAAGCCGGAGGUGCGUGCCAAGGAAGGGGGUGUGGUGGAGAUGGAGUGUAGACUGCCACCCACGGACACGGGUGCGUCUGUGUCCCUGCACGUGGUGGAAUGGGUGCGCCAGGGCUUCGAGAUCCCAGUCCUGAUCAAGUUUGGAGUGUAUGCUCCUCGGGUGCAUCCCAACUACGAGGGCCGUGUGUCUCUGGUCAGGAACACUGUUCUGAGAGUGAAGGGGCUCCUCGUGGAGGACCAGGGCCUGUACGAGUGUCGCAUCCUCCUGUUGGACCAAACCACAGACGAGACCCACAAUGGGACCUGGACCCUACUGUCUGUAACUGCUCCUCCUAUUUUCACCAAGACCCCUCCCCCUGCCCUGGAGGCUCUAGUGGGGAAUUCUCUCUCUCUAGCCUGUGUUGCUCGUGGCAACCCACCACUCACCAUAACCUGGGCUAAAGAUGGUACUCUGAUUGGAGGAGACAACGUUGAGCUGCUGAGUGGGACGUUGUCUCUCAGAGCAGUGAGCACGGAGGCCGGAGGACGGUAUGACUGUCUCGCCACCAACACACAGGGCAAUGUGACUCAUGUUACAAAGCUGAAGGUCAAAGGUCCUCCAGUUAUUGUCAUCCCCCCGAAUAACACGGUCCUCAACAUGACCCAGAAUGCCCUGCUGCGGUGCCAGGCCGUGGCUGAUCCCCCCAACAUGACCUAUGUGUGGCAGAGGCAGGGAGAGAACGUCCAUCACAUAGAGCCUCUAAAGUCCCGGGUGAAGAUCAUGGUGGACGGCACCCUCCUCAUCACCCGCAUCACCCCAGACGAUUCUGGGAACUAUACCUGCAUGCCCACUAAUGGCCUGUUAACUCCGCCUACUGCUUCCGCCAGUCUCACUGUGAGACGCCCUGCCCAGGCUCUCCAGAUGCCUCAGCAGACGUAUCUCCCCACAGGCCUGGGGGGUCUGGUCUCCUGCCCUGCGAGAGCCCAGCCCCUCCUGCUCCGUGUUGAUUGGACCAAGGAUGGACAGCCACUGGAUCUUUCCAUAAGGAAUCAAUAUUAUGCCAUAUGCAACAGGCGUGUACAACUGCACCCCCUACAACAGCUUCGGGACCAUGGGCCAAUCAUCCUACAGGACCCCCCGUCACUCAACGUGUCUCCCCGAAAGGUGUAUCGAGAGGAGGUGGGGAGGACGCUUGUUAUCCCCUGCCAGACCACUGGAGAGCCAGCCCCUACUGUAACCUGGAGCAAGGUUGCACCUGCCACACUCUCUCAGUACUCUGUAGCAGCCAACGGCUCCCUGCUACUGCUUUCUCUCAGUAAAGACCACCAGGGGGAGUGGGAGUGCAGUGUUACCAGCCGCGUGGGAACUGUCAAAGCCAGCACUCUCAUCUCAGCGCUGAGCACCAGUCCCCAUGCUGCCACCCUGGUGUCUGUGUUUCCAGGGGUCAAGCAGGCCAAUGUGUCCUGGGAACCCGGCUUUGAUGGGGGAUACCCCCAGAAGUUCACUGUCUGGUUGAAGCAGAUGUCUGUGGGUGACAGUGGGGAGAAACAGGAGUGGCUCUCUGUGCCCGUGCCCUCCUCUUCUGGCUCCAGUCUGCAGGUGACGGGGCUGGUCCCUGACACAGAGUACCAGUUCAGUGUCCUGCCACACAACAAAGUGGGCACUGGGCCUUUCAGUGAGAUCGCCACCGUCCGAACUCUGAAUACACUCCCAAGGAGAGCGAAACUAGAGCCGCCCACAUCGCUGUUAGCCAAUCAGAGCUUGGCAGGUAUAGUCCUGCAAUGGUCUCCUGUGGCUCAGUUCCCGCCCGUCACUGGAUUUGUCCUCCAAUCUCGCGCAGAGCAAGGGGAGUGGUUCAAUCUAGAUGAGGACAUCAGUGCCAAUAGAACUGUGAUGAUCGUUCCAGGUCUGCGCCAGUCCCUGUUACUCACUCCCUCUGAGACCAAUCAACAGAUAUCAUCCCCUGCUUUAGCUGCCUUAGAGACAUUUAUAUUGGUUAUGAAAAUCAAAUCUAGCUUUAUUUAGAUACAUUUCAGACAUGGAAUGCAACACAAUAUGCUUCACAGGAAAAAAGUAAUAAAAACAAUUCAAAUAAAAACUGAAAAAAGGACAAUAAAAACUGAACCAUCUAAAAGCACCCUAAGGAAAGUAAAGCUGAAAAGGUCUAUUUUAAAUAUGUCCACAGUGUUGGCCCCCCUCAGGUUCUCUGGCAGGCUAUUCCAGAGGCAGGGGCAUAAUAACUAAAGACUGUCUCUCCAUGCCUCUUGGUCCUAGGCUUUGGGAUAGUUAAAAGGCCAGUGUCAGAGGACCUGAGGGACCUACUGGGUACAUAACUUAAAAGCAUGUCUGACAUUUAUUGUGGUGUACAAUCGUGGAUUGAUUUAAAAACCAAUAGAAUAGUCUUAAAAUGUAUUCACAUGCAGCCAGUGUAGAGACCUUAAAACUGGUGUUAAAGGUGCUAUCUAGAACCUAAAAUGGUUUUUUGGCUGCUCUCAUAGGAGAAACUUUUAAAUAACCAUUUUUAGUUCCAGGUAGAACAUUUCUGGGCCCAGGUAGAACCCUUUUGGGAUCCAUGAAGAACCCUUUCCACAGAGGGUUCAACAUGGAACCCAAAAGGGUUCUCCUAUGGUGACAGCUGAAGAACCGUUUUGGACACAAAUUUGUUUACAUCCUAGUUAGUAAGCAUUUCUCGUUUGCCAAGAUAAUCCUUCCACCUGACAGGUGUGGCAUACUAAACAGCAUGAUCAUUACACAGGUACACCUGGGAUCUGGGGACAGUAAAAGGCCGCUCUAAAAUGUGCAGUUUUGACACACAACACAAUUCUACAGAUGUCUCAAGUUUUGAGGGAGCAUGCAAUUGGCAUGCUGACUGCAGGAAUGUCUACCAGAGCUGUUGCCAGAUAAUUUAAUGUUAAUUUCUCUACCACAAGCCGCCUCCAACGUUGUUUUAGAGAAUUUGCCAGUACGUCCAACCGGCCUCACAACUGCAGACAAUGUGUAUGGUGUUGUGUGGGUGAGCGGUUUGAUGAUGUCAUCAUUGUGAACAGAGCACCCCAUGGUGGCGCUGGGGUUAUGGAAUGGGCAGGCAUAAGCUAUGGACCACAAACACAAUUGCAUUUUAUUGAUGGCAGUUUGAAUGCACAGAGAUACCGUGACGAGAUCCUGAGGCCCAUUGUCGUGCCAGUCAUCCUCUGCCGUCACCUCAUGCUUCAGCAUGGAAGCUGAAAAUGUCCCAGUUCUUCCAUGGCCUGUGUACUUACCAGACAUGUCAACCAUUAGCGCUGUUUGGGAUGCUCUGGAUCGAUGUGUACGACAGCGUGUUCCAGUUCUCGCCAAUAUCCAGCAACUUCGCACAGCCCUACCUUUUUUUUCAGGUAUCUGUGACCAACCAAUGCAUAUCUGCAUUCCCAGUCCUGUGAAAUCCAUAGAUUAGUGCUUAAUUUAUUUAUUUAAAUGGACUGAUUUCCUUAUGUGAACUGUAGCUCAGUAAAAUCUUGAACGUUGUUGCACAUGUGUUUGCAUUUUUGUUCAGUAUAUAUCCUUCCUCCCCUCUCUGUCUGCCUCAUUUUGUCCCUCUCCUUCUCUUCCCUAAAUCUGAAUUCAGAUGAUCCUGAUUAGCAUUCCAGGCGCUAUCCCAUGUUGACAAAGUGUGGUUUCAUCCCCCUACCCCUCCAUCCUCCCGUGU